CUGAGGGACUCCCUACUCCCCCCGUACUAUCUGCCGUUUGAAACAUCUUCCACCUCAGCGACCACCAGCCUGUGCUGAGAUCCAAGCUUCCCUCGGUAACUCCUCUGUACCUGGGACUGUUGACUGCUGGUACAGCUCUACCCAGAGGGCGGUGGAGUACCUGGGACAGUUGACUGCUGGUACAGCUCUACCCAGAGGGUGGUGGAGUACCUGGGACAGUUGACUGCUGGUACAGCUCUACCCAGAGGGUGGUGGAGUACCUGGGACUGUUGACUGCUGGUACAGCUCUACCCAGAGGGUGGUGGAGUACCUGGGACCGUUGACUGCUGGUACAGCUCUACCCAGAGGGCGGUGGAGUACCUGGGACUGUUGACUGCUGGUACAGCUCUACCCAGAGGGUGGUGGAGUACCUGGGACAGUUGACUGCUGGUACGGCUCUACCCAGAGGGCGGUGAAGUGCUUGGAGCUCUGGUCCCCAGGAAGGUGUGUUAUGGAGAUGAGCCUGUUGUGAAAGGUCGAGUCUGGGAAUUUGUGAACAGGACUGCAUGAUGGAGAACCACGGGACCAUUUAUCGGAACAACAUCAGCGUGUACCAGGUGUCGGAUGAGGGGGAGACCGCCAUUGGGGUCUACCUCAUUUUCCUAGGUUGGCUGUCGUGGAUCGGUAACGGAGUAGUGAUCCUGAUGAUGACCAAGCAGAGACACUACCUGGAGCCGUCCGACCUGCUGACCUACAACCUGGCCGUGUCCGAUGCCGGCAUUGCCAUGUUCGGCUACUCCCGAGGCAUCUUGGAGGUCUUCAAUGUGCUCAACGACGACGGGCAGCUGAUCAGGACUCUGUGGACCUGCCAGGUGGAUGGCUUCCUGAUCUUACUCUUUGGGCUGAUCAGCAUCAACACUCUGACUGCCAUCGGCAUCAUCCGCUACAUCAAAGCCUGCCAGCCACAAUAUGUUCAGCACAUAACUAAGCCUAACGUCGCCAUGGUGAUCGGUUCAGUGUGGCUGUCCGCUCUGUUCUGGUCCGGAGCGCCUCUAGUGGGCUGGGGGAGUUACACAUCUCGUAAGUACGGGACGUGUGAGAUCGACUGGGUCCAGGCCCGGUACUCAGUGCCAUUCAGACUCUACGUCCUCCUUAUCUUCAUAUUCAACUUCUUCAUCCCCGUCAGCACCAUCGUCUUCUCCUACGUGUCAAUCAUCCGCACCGUAAACUCUGCCCACAAGUCCAGCAAAGGGGGUGAGAUCAGCGAGAGGCAGAGGCAGAUGGAGCGCAGCAUCACACGAGUGUCCCUCCUCCUAGCGGCUGCCUUCCUCCUGGCCUGGUCUCCCUACGCCGUCAUCUCCAUGUGCGCGGCCCUGGGCUACGAGGUGCCCCCCCUCACCAGCAUCCUGGCCAGUCUGUUUGCCAAGUCAGCCAGCUUCUAUAACCCCAUCAUCUACCUGGGCAUGAGCGCCAAGUUCAGGGAGAAUCUGAUGGCCCUGGUCCACUGGCCCUGGUCCUGUCCAGCCUGCCUUGGAUGGUUCACCUUCUCCCAGACCCCCAUGCCCCUCCUGCCUCGCCCGCUACGCCCAGACGAGGUGCAGGUGAACGUGGAGGUGGCGGCCAUGAAGGGAGAGGAGGGUGACGGGCACACUAACUUGGACUCGGGGGUGGAGCUGGGGGCUCACAACGAGAGCAGCGAUGGAGGGUUGGGGGAGGCGAGGGUGGAGGAGAGGGGGGAGGAAGCGCCCAUGUUGAGUAACCACAGCAGUUCUCUCAUACGUCCUGCACACGGGUUUCUGAGGAGGCUAAGCAACUCAGGCCGUCUGUGA